AUGGCAACGAAACUUACGCAUUUAGCACCACCGCCUGCUUUUGAUGCCGAAAGUGACAAGUCGUUCUUAGCUCAACGAUGGAAAGACUGGCGUGAAAGAGUUUGACAUGUACUUGCUUGCAGCAAAUAUAACGGAUGCCAAACAAAAGCGUGCUCUCCUACUCUACGUUGCUGGUCCCGCAGUUCAUACGAUUUUCAACACGUUAACCGAUACUGGCACAGAUUAUAAAACAGCUGUGGAGAAACUCGAUAAGAAAAAUGUAAUUUACGAGAGAUAUGUACUCAAACAAACCCGACCCAGCUCUGACGAAUCGGUUGAUCAUUUCAUUACACGUCUUCGACAGCUAGCGGAUACAUGUGAGUUUGCGAGUGUAGAAGAUGAAAUUCGAGAUCAUUUUGUAAUCACUUGGCCGUGA